AUGCCACAUCAUUGCAGAAAGGAGAAAGACAAAGAACUACGAAAAGCCAGAACUGAAAUUGAAGAACACAAUUGUCUUAAAUUUGUAACGAAAAAGCAGUUAGAAGAAUUGGAAAAAGAAAAUUCCAGGUUAAAGAAAGACAUUCCUGUUAGGGAAACAGAAAUUCAAAAGUUGAAAAAAGAGUUGAAAGUUACAGAACAAGCAAAAGUGAAAGAAAGGGACAGUGAAAACAACAGACAACAGGCAGGCAACACCAUAAAAGAAAAUACAGAAGAAAUUGCAAGGCUAAAGAAUGAUCUGCUGGAAAUUAAAAGAUAUUGCAAAGAUGUUUUUGAAAAACUGGACCAGAAAGACAAGAUGAUUAGUCAGCUACAGGAAAAACUGAAUAUACCUACUGGAGAAAGGAACCCAACUCCAACCACAAGAUAUGGCGCGGUGUCAAAGACAGACACACUUCAGUUUCUAUCCCGUUAAAUUCAUGGACUGUUGCAUGAAUAGAAGAAAAGUUAUAUAUAACAACAAUAUGGUGUUUACUGUAUUUGUAAAUGUUUCGUCAAAGCAAAUCGUUUCAUAUUUGCUAAUUAUUGUACAUAAACAGUACUAGGAUAAAGUAAAUUGUAGCUAAGAUGUAUCAGUAUUUUAAACAGAUUAAUUGAAAUUAAUCAGAAAUGGUAUGACUAUAAUGCAAAAUAAUUUUGGUGCCGGUGGUAAGCAACUUAGAUAAUGAUAAACGGUAAAACGUAGAAAUUAUUUCGUACGCUAGUCUUUUGCGAUGACCAUCUUUUUUGUUUGUUUGUUUGUUUUGGGUUUAAACCGUUUUUAACAGUAUUUCAGUUAUGUAAUAACGGCGGGCUGUUAACCUAGCCAGUGUACCUGGAUUCUGUACCAGUACAAACCUGUUCUACGCAAGUAGCUGCAAACUUCCUCACAUGAAUCAGAGGUGGAUGACGAAUGAUUUCAGACACAUGGUCUUUUAUCAAAUCGUCAUGGAGAACAUACGCUCCGGGCUCGAACUCACAAUAUCGAGAUCCGCAGAUUUUUGCUUUCCCUGUUGAGCUAAAUGGGCGGGCUUACCGUCUUUUACGAUAAAAAAUAUUUUAGCUAUUCACGACUGGCCGCACACUAGUUUCGUUUGACAUACAACUCUGAACAUGUUUGACAGUGUAUUUCAGACUAGCUUUUAAUAAUGAGAGGCCUUUAAUGGAAUUUUAAGUGAAUUUAUGCUAUGUUUAUAGCCAGAUAUAUAAUAAAAUCGAUAUGAAGAUCUUUUGGAAAUGUAUGAUGCAACCAAACAAAAUAAUAGCACUCGGUGUGAACGAAUCUGUUCACGAGAGGUAAUCAAGUCACUUGGUACCGGUUUAAUCUGAACUCUACCACAUAGAUAUUGAAUAGACCCUAUGUUCCUAAAGGACCAGAGAUAACACACUGAAUCCAGGGACGGGGAGACAUUUUACGGCCACCACACAGCAAGAUAAAGAUUGCUCUUGUGAUAUUUAAUAAAAUCUAUAUGAAGAUCCUUUGGAAGCAUAGAAUGCAUUCAAGCAUAGUAUCAGGCAAUUUUGGUCAAGAAGUGAGGUUACCAUAAUGUACAUCUUUCAUGGCAGCAGGAGGGCGAUUUUAUCAUCGUGCUCAGCCAUGUCGGCUCAAGGUCAAGGUCACAACUCAAUGUCAAAUGUUUGAGCUUUCAGUUCUGUGUCCAGUCUGUAUCUCAUAAACCCUUUGAAUGAUUUUCAUGAAACUUGGGUCAAAUGAUCACCAAAUCAAGACAAUGUGCAGAAUUGUUUAGUCAAUCAUGUUGACUCAAGGUCAAGGGCAUAACUAAAGGUCAAAGGUUUGAGUCUUCCAUUUUUUGUCCCCUCUGUAUCUUCUGAACCCAUUGAAGGAUUUUAAAAUGACUGAGCUGCAAUAUUCCUCUUAUCAAGACGGUGUGCAGAACUCAAAACUCACAUAAUACCAGCUCAAGGUCAAGGUCACAACAGAAAUGUUGUUUGAGCCUUCAAUUUCCUGUCCGCUCCUUUACUGCUAAGCCACUUGAAGGAUUUCCUUGAAACUUCUGCCAAGUGUUCACCUUGUUGAGAUGGUUUGCAAAACUUAAGAGUCAGUCAUGCAGACUCAAGGCAAAAGUCACAACUUAAAGUAUUGGUGUCGUCAUACAUGGACUAUAAAAUCUACUUAACAAUGUCAAUUGCUUUCACCCAAUACCAUCAGGUUGACCCGUUCACUAUCCAUAACAUUGGCGGGGGAUUUAGCUGUCUUUCAGACUGCCUUUUUCGGCGAACGCCGUCUAAAUUCGUUUUCGUUACCUAUGCCACGUGACUUCAGUUUGCAAAUCAAACUACUUGAUAACGCAUUAUAGAUAAUAUAUCAAAAUGGAAGAUUUAUGCAACACUCUGCCUGAUUGGACGAGAGUGUCAAUUUCUUUCACUCUGUUGAUUGUGCUACGCUGAGUGAAAUGUAGACAAAGCGUUUAUCCUAAACGACGCUGUUCACAGUUUUAAAGCUAACUUUGGGUCAGUAUAUUUAGCAAGAAUAUUGAUAUAUCUCAAAAUGAUAAGUAAGUUUAAUAAAUAUGAUAAAAACCUGUUCAAAUACCAACAUAUAUCAAAUUAAAAAAAGAGCUGAAUACGGUCUGCGUAUCACAUGAAUAAGGGUGUGAUAAGAGUCUUUUAUGUAGAGAAGUGCUUUUUAAAAGAUUUUCCUUGUUACAAUUGUCGUCUGUAUAUGAAAAAUAUGCUUUUAUGACUUAUUCAGAUUGCAUAUUAAAAUGAGUACUUGUUUGCUUUGAUAUAUUUGUUAUAAAUUAUUUAACUGAUUUAUUAUAUAUGAAUAUUUUUCUUUAGUAUGGUAUGCAAAUAUUGAACUCAGUUGAAAUCUGUUCUAUUAUAUAUAUGCUAUAUAAUGACUGAAUAUCAUUACACUGAAAUGAAGGUACGCUGCAUACAGUUUAUCUAUGUGAUAUGACUACGGUCAAACUUUGCUUAUGAAACAGAAAUAUUGAAAUAAUUACAAUUGUAUGUUUUGCUUGACCUUCACUUUUUUAUAGGUGUGACGUCAUUUUCCAAAGAUUCAUGAAUAGCGAAUAUGCUAUUUGUUAAAGCGG